UCAUGGGACUGGGUGGGAUCUAGGCCAGAGCGAGAUUGAGCUCUCUAUAUGCUCCAACAUAUGUUACGAAAUUUAAGAACGAUAACUGAACAAAAUCGAGCUCUCGGGUCAAGGGGAAUUUGUGGGAAAUGUUUAGGCUGUCUUUAGGCGUAGGGUUGGGUAAAAUACGGCAUUUUAUUUUCUAGGCGGGGGUAAUUGUAGUAACUUCCAGCACAGGAAAGGGGUAUUAGCGCAAUUAGACUUCUCUGUCCUUGAUCUCGGGUAAUGGAUGUAAGCCCUAACGUCUGGUCUUGUCCGAAUCGGACCGUGGCGUGUCCCCGGCGGUGGCCAACUCGAAGUCUUGUCUGGGAGGCCUCGGGGCAAUGAGAAAUUGAGGAUUAGCCAAACGGAAGGUCCUGGUGCUGGAUGGCAGAGGCCAUCUCCUGGGCCGCCUGGCGGCCAUUGUGGCCAAACAGGUACUGCUGGGCCGGAAAGUGGUGGUUGUGCGUUGCGAGGGCAUCAACAUCUCUGGCAAUUUUUACAGAAACAAGUUAAAGUACCUGGCCUUCCUCCGCAAACGGAUGAACACCAACCCAUCUCGUGGACCCUACCAUUUCCGGGCCCCCAGCCGUAUUUUCUGGCGCACUGUGAGAGGCAUGCUGCCCCACAAGACCAAGCGCGGCCAGGCUGCCCUGGACCGCCUCAAGGUGUUCGAUGGGAUCCCACCACCCUAUGACAAGAAAAAACGGAUGGUGGUUCCUGCUGCCCUCAGGGUUGUGCGACUGAAGCCUACAAGAAAGUUUGCCUACCUGGGGCGCCUGGCACACGAAGUUGGCUGGAAGUACCAGGCAGUGACAGCAACCCUGGAGGAGAAGAGGAAGGAGAAGGCUAAGAUCCACUACCGGAAGAAAAAGCAGCUCAUGAGGCUACGGAAACAGGCUGAAAAGAACGUGGAGAAGAAAAUUGACAAAUACACAGAGGUCCUCAAGACCCACGGACUCCUGGUCUGAGCCCAAUAAAGACUUUAUUCCU